AUGAAUGGAAAGGCUCUAGACAAUGUCGACUACGAUGCCGGCGAAAUUUUUCGGAGUGUACCAGAUGCUGGGACGAACUCUUUGUCUCUGACGGGUUUUUGUGUAGUGCUAAGAAUGGCAAGACUCACUGACGAUGCCGACGAUGAUGCUACCGAAAAGUCUGGGAACGUGCCACGUCCAAGUUCCGAAUAUAGAAAUUAUCAUGCAUAUUAUGGGCUCGGGAUUAGGUUCGUUACACUAGUUCUUCUUAACAAUAUGAUCAUGUUGCGAAGACAAGGUCAAGUAACUACUAUAUAA